AGGAAAGUGCUCUUAAGCAGAUGACCAAUACCAACACGUCCCUGUGGAGCUAUGUCUCCACCAUGUCUCCGGAGCGGUUCAACGGCUUAUAUGAAGAAUUUCCUCAUACUCUACGUUGUCUCCUAGGGGAGUGGCUGGAAACUGAACCAUGGGAAUUCAUCAACAGAUCAGACUCUUUCUGUACUCUUCUGGCUGGAAGGCUGCUGUCUGCCAUGGUGGAGAAGAUACGAGAUCUUGCCAACAAAAACUGCAAUUCUGCUGCUCAGAUUCUUCAGUUUGUUGCUAACAUUGAGAGCAGAUAUCGGAAAGAUCCACUGCAACUGGCAAAUGUUAUAAAAAGGAUCUUGGAAGCAGAACAAACAGCAGUUCAGCAGCAGCAUCAACACGUUCCCCUUGUAAUCGAACGUCAGCGAGAAGAACUGAUGUUUCGAUUCAGCCUAGAGAAGCUGCACUACAGACUUCAGGAGAUUCAAACUCUCCGGGAAAGCUUCCAGCAGAUGAAGGGCAACGCCAGAGCUCCACUGUCACAAAACUCACUGGAUUGUCAAUUUCCAAUACAAGACAACCUGCCAGCAAGUUCUCUUCAGAGCCUUCAAGGACUGUUUAUGAAGAUGGACAGUGAGCUAGAAGAGGCCAAGAAGAAGAUUCUGGUGAGGCUUCUGAUUUGGAAGAGACAGCAGCAACUGGCUGGGAAUGGAAGUCCAUUUGAUGAGGACUUGUCCCCGCUGCAAAAGAGGUUGGAAUGUCUAGUAGAUAUUUGGUUCCAGUUUCGCCAGCAGUUGAUCACAUCUGGAAUUGAGCUUCAAUCUCGUGUUCGAGAACAUCUUGAUGACACAUUCAAAUCUCUUAUACAAAAUUCCUUCUUGGUGGAAAAACAGCCUCCACAAGUUUUAAAGACACAGACCAAAUUUCAAGCCAGCGUCCGCUUCUUGCUGGGACCUCAUUUACUCAAGCAUCCGCCAACAUCAUUUCUGGUCACGGCUGACAUUGUGACGGAAAAACAGGCCCGAGAACUGACUGCCAAUCAUUCUCCCUCUGUCUUUAGUGAAAGCACUGGAGAGAUUGUAAACAACACAGCAUCGCUGGAUAUAAAUGCCUCCAGCAAUUCUUGUACCUCUCAGUUCAAAAAUUUGCUUCUCAAAAAGAUCAAGCGCUGUGACCGCAAGAGCACAGAAUCUGUAACGGAAGAGAAGUGUGCUGUCCUCUUCAGUGCCAACAUUUGCCUUGGGCCCAACCAAACCAACUUCCACCUACAGGCUCUGUCGCUGCCCGUUGUGGUGAUUGUCCAUGGAAAUCAGGACAACAAUGCCAAAGCCACCAUCUUAUGGGACAAUGCUUUUGCUGCUCCUGAUCGCGUUCCCUUUGUGGUGGCUGAGCGUGUUAGCUGGAAGGCAAUGUGUGACACUCUCAACCAGAAGUUCCUUGCUGAGGUGCAAACUACAAAAGGUCUACUCAAGGAUCAUUAUUUCUUCUUGGCCCAGAAGAUCUUUGGUGACAACAUCACCAGUCUAGAGGAACUGCAGAGAUGCCAUGUGUCCUGGUCCCAAUUCAAUAAGGAGAUGCUUCCUGGUAGAGGAUUCACAUUUUGGCAAUGGUUUGAAGGCAUUCUUGACCUCACCAAGAAAUACCUGAAGAACUAUUGGUCUGACAGACUGAUCAUGGGCUUUGUCAGCAAGCAAUAUGUCUUCAAUUACCUGAGCAAUGCACCAGCUGGAACUUUCCUCUUACGUUUCAGUGACUCUGAGAUCGGGGGCAUCAGCAUCGCCUAUGUUAACUACUUCCCAGAUGGUUCCACUCAGGUGGAGAACAUCCAGCCAUUCACGGCAAAGCAACUGUCCAUUCGUUCACUGGCUGACUGUGUUCUGGAUCUCCCACAGCUCCAUGUGCUUUAUCCUAACAGGCCCAAACACGAGGCUUUCAGGAGGGACUACAACACAGAGACACGAAAAAACACCAGCAGUUAUGUCCCAGCCAGGUUAACGAUAACUGUAGACACACCCUGCUCAUUCCCUACAUCAAUUCAGAAACCACUUGACCCUCUGGGCGGUUCUAAUGUGAAUCUUGCAGUCCAUUCUGAUUCAACCUAUCAUGAUUCGCCAGUCAUCGUUCCAUCAUCCAUUGGGACAUCUGUAGCCAGCAGCACAACAUACGGAAGCUCACAGCUGCCAUUUGAAUUAAUGACUUGCUCAUACCCUUUGGGCAAUGCUUCCCCUCUUGGUUCAGUGGAUUCAUACCCCAUGUGCCAGGAUGUAGAGAUGCCAGACCUCUCUAUACCCACUGAGAACACCGUAACAUAUCCAGGGAAUCUUCCGCUCCAUCUGAUGGCAGAUCCAUUAAGUGUGCCCGAGACCAUCUCCCCACCUUCCAGUGAAGAAUUUGAAAAGCUUCUGCAUCCAGACCAAGACCUGCAUCCAGAUCUUCACUUUUGCCAUAAUCCAGUGUGACCCAUUUUUAUGUGCUUGUCAUCUUUCGAAUACCUUGGAGAUACUUUAAUGGACCUUUUAUGUACUUCUCCCUAUCAAGCCUGGACAUAAACAGUGAUGGCUGGUAACCCAGAAGACUUACUCUGUUCAGAAAACCACUCCUGGGCCCAUCUGCAUUAUCUACUUCAUCCUGUUAGAUCUUUGCAAGCUCUUUUGAACCAAGACCAGCUUCAGUUGUGUGCUAAGUAAGGCACAUGCCAUGAUAUAGCUCUGCCUACAAUUGUGAGCGAAGCCAAUGGAACCAGAGAGGGUCUGCCACUCACUCACAUCUCCUUUGCUGUGAGCAAUUACAGUAUGUCUGGGGGAAGGGGACAGGCACGAUGCACUAGCACCUCUGUGUGUUUUACUACUUACCUGUGUUACCUCUGGAUUGCAAGGAAGAGUUGGUUUUCCAAUUAUAGUACAUUAGAUUGACUUUUAUCAAUACCAGCAGCCAAGACAGAAAAGAUUUCAUCAGGAAUUUAAGAAGAAAAAUUCUUUGUUCAAUUAAUGUAGGUAAAGUCUUGGUUGGGCUGCUGAUUCUUUCAUGAAUUUAGAGGGGACAGUUGAACAUAGGAAAAGAUUCCAAUGGAGUCUUAUUUUUCAUUUCUCCAUUGGAAGAGGAGACAUUGUAUUUCCUCCCAGAAUUUAACAUUCCACAGAGCACCCCUCCAUUAUUAGGCAAGGUGAGGUGACUAUCUCAGGCCAAAACAACAGCAAUGGUGGGGAGGUGUUGAGUGUCACAUGGUCUGUCUUGCUGAUUUCCAAACUAACCUGCCUUAUAGUGGUGAAUGCGAUCUCACCAAGUUUUUGUUCAUAAUUGUUAGGGGGAGGGGAAAUGGGAUUCAAACAGCUGCAAAAUAUUUUGGGCUAGCUUCACCAGCUGGCAGUUCCUCUAGGAUAGGCGGAGCUUAGAUUUUCCUGUUCCAGAGUGAAUUUUGGGCUAUUGAGAUACGGACUGCAACACUUAUGCCAUUUUUCCUGGGUGGGGUAUUGUAAAAUAAAAAAGCCCAUCCUUUGAUACUAGAUUUCCUGUUGUACAGACUCUAUUCUCAUUUGCUAAAAUCCUGGUAAAAGGUGCAAUUUAAAAUAGCCCAUAAAAUAAAGAUUUUAUUCGAAAAUAACAAAAUAAAUAAUCUACUGUACACGUUACAAAGGAAAGGAUGCUAGUUUUCCUAUAAAGACAGAAAGGCUGUAGGGUAGGAUAUGGGGACUUGAUUUAGUAGCAGUUGAGUAUUAUUUUUAACUCAACAGGAGUUCAAGGUGUGUUUUGUGAGUCAGUUUGUUCCAGCAAAUGUUGCUUUCAGACCGCUUUGAAGAUUAAUAUUGUUCUGUCUUUGUCUCAUACUGUGGUUAUGCUGUAAUUAUGAGUAAAGGAGAAUGGAGGGAUGAUAUUUUCCUCAGGGAAGGUACAAUGCCUGGAGGGGAAGCUGAUCCUCUCCUGCCCCAGAGACAGACAAAGGUGCAAUCCCUU